GAAAUGUUCAGUUGGGCUAUUCGACGCACUGGCUUACAAUCGAGUUCGACUAACAAUAACGUUCACUACUUGGCAAACUUAGCCACGAUAUGCUUCGUAACAACAUUUAUCUUACAACUUAUAGAACUUUACUUUGCAAAAGAAAAUAUCAAAAGACUCUUCGAAUGCUUCAGUGUUUUAUCUUUCUGUGGGAUGGGACUUCUUAAAUUAAUGUCUCUCCGAUGCAAAUACCGCCAUUGGCAAUAUAUUUUUAAUCAAGUUCAAAUGUUAGAGAAUAAGCAAAUAUCAAGAAAUAUAAUCGGAGAUAAUGAAUUUGAUUUAAUUUAUUAUAUACGCAGUUACACCACUAAAUAUAGUACCAUGUCCACAAUAUUGAUCAGACUAUACGGAUCUACACUUAUCAUACAUAUUUUAUCGCCGAUCGUUGAGUAUAUAUACAUAAAAGUUAAAGGUUGUGAGUCUGUGUAUCCGCAUAUCCUACCCGGAUGGGCACCAUUUGAUGGUAAUAUAUUUGGUUACAUAGCAACAGUUGCUAUUGAAAUAGCAUCAUCUAUCUACUGUGUCUGCGUACACGUUGCUUUUGAUUUAUCCUCUGUUGGUUUAAUGAUAUUUCUUUGUGGUCAGUAUAGAUUGAUACGUGAUUAUAGUGAAAACAUUGGAAAAAAUGGUAAUGAUUGUUGUAUUACGAAAGAAAAUGAUGAAAAUGCUCUAUUAUCUAUCAGAUAUUGUCAUCAAACGCAUAACAUACUUAUCAAUAUAAUCGGUGAUUUGAGUAAGUUGCUGAAGGAUAUAUUGGGAAUAUAUUUCUUCGUGGCAACUCUCACGCUAUGUUCCGUGGCAGUAAGACUCAACAUGGAAACACUGAGCUUAACUCAACUGAUAUCAUUGCUUCAGUAUCUGUCCGCAACAGUUACACAGUUGUUCCUCUUCUGCCUAUAUGGGAAUGCUGUACUAAAUGAGAGUUCUGUUGGUAUGGGCGAGGGACCGAAUGGAGCUGCGUACUGGUGCCUGAGUCCAAGAGUUCGCCGUGAGCUAACAACGCUGGCAGUCGGCAUGUCUCGUCCACACCACCUAAGCGCAGGGCCUUUCCAUGCACUUAACUUACCAUCUUUCAUUCAGAUCGUCCGAACAGCAUACUCUUAUUAUGCUGUUAUACGAAAAUGA